GUCACUCCAGGGUUAGUGCCUUCUCCUCUGAUCUGGGAAGCCAACUCUCUUGUACCUCUCCAUGGAGAACUCUGCUCUCUCUUAUCUUUAGGACCAAAGAGCCACUUCACGCAUUCAGGCGAUGAGAUUCCCCCUGGUGAAGGAGGGACACUAGCAUCUGCAAUUGCCUUCAUGAAGAGGCAUCUUUCCUUCAGUGGCUCCAAGGCCGAAGCUGCAGGAAAACAAAGCAGGAAGGAGGAUCCCACUGGGGACAACUGGGGAACGGACAAAUGCAAACUGUGUCCCAGGGAGGAGGAUCCUCCAGAAGAAAUAAACCCAGAGAUUAUUCGGGGCCCAGAUAGGAACCAGGAGACGUACAGAGUUCACCUCCCCGGAGCAGGCUCAUUCCGUUGCUCUGAAACCGAACUGGGACUCGAGGUGAGGGCAGCAGUGACCGUCCAGUACAGAUACGGCUUCUGGGAUCAGCAUCUGAGUGUAUGGAGCACUCCUAAAUGGAUGAUCGCUGGCCCUUUGUUCAGCAUCCAGGCAGAACCGGCCGGGGCCGUGGCCGCCAUUCACCUCCCGCACUUCCUGUGUCUCAGAGGGGCUGACACCUCCCGGAUUCAAAUCGCCCAUUUCAUCGAGGAGGGGAUGACUCUGGAGAAGCCAAUGCAAGUGAGGCCGUUCCACGCCGUGCUGGAGAACCCCAGCUUCUCCCUGUAUGGAGUGGUCUGGGGGAAUCGCUCCAAACCACCAGUGCUGAUCCACUCCAUUGUGCUGCUCUACUGGGCACUCAAGAUGGCAAAGACAACUCUUCACCUCUACAUCAUCCCCAAUGACCACUCCCGGUUCAAGGCCGUUGAUGACUAUGAAAAGAAGUGUCCAUCAAGGCUGGUGUCGACAUCUCUUCGGACCCAUAAGCCCCUGACCUUUGAUUCUCGUUACGUUGUGUCCAGUCAAGCAAACAUAGAGGUGACUCCCAAGGAGCUGGAGUUUUGUAACAUCCAAGCAGAGUGUCUGCAGUCAUAUAUGGAAAUCUACACCAAGGACAUUCAGGGGGGACUGGAGUUCAGCUUGGUAGAGAAAAUUAACAAGGAGCCCAUCUGGGAGGCACAUGUGAGACCAGAGGAUGCGACGCUUUCUGUUUCAUCUGCCCAAACUCAAACAGAUGAGCAUUUUGUCAACCAGCACCGAGCACAGCUGAUCCAGCGGGUGAUGGCAGUGGAUGGCAUCCUGGAUUCAUUGUAUGGCCCCGUUCUGGAUCUGGAGCAAAUCCAGAGCAUCAGAGCGGAGAGAUCCAGUGUGGAGAAGAUGAGGAAGCUGUACGAGCUGGUGCCUAAAUGGGACAAUGACUGCAAGGACCGGCUCUACCAGGCACUGAAGGAGAAGCACAGACCUCUAGUGGAAGAGCUUGAGGGGAUAUAGAUUGUCCCUUGGGGGCAGCAGCAUUCUAGUGGGGGGACAGGAUGUGCUUCAAGAUCUUCUCCCAAUUCCAAAUGACCAGCCCAACAGCCGGAGUCCAUAACCCAUAACAGUGUCCGUCAGGUGCUGGUCUUCUGCUUCUUAACACACCCAGCUUAUUGUGCUAAGGUGAAUACUUGUCUCGUGAUGAGAACAGCUGGGGCGUGGGAGUCGGGAGUCCUGGGUGGUGGUCCUGGCUCUGGAAGGGGAGUGGGGUUUAAUGUUUGGUGAGGGGGGCAGGGCUGGGAGUCAGGUUGCCUGGGUUCUAUUUCCUGAACCAAACUGGGGGGAUCGAACUCCAAAGUCAAGGUUCCCUCAUAGAAAAUGCUCUGCUGGCUACUCACGUAUUUAGGCUCCACUUCUUCAGUUGUCUGGACUGCUAUGCUUGGGAGUCGCCUUUGAGACUUCCAUGAAGGUCUGCGUAGGCAAAGGUAUCGACCCGAACAGAUCCAACUACCAAAGAGCUCAGGUGCCUUCACCGACCACAGGGGAAUGUACAGAAAUGAUAUUAAAUCUCUCCUGUGGGGUGGGUGUGCUGGGAAUCAGACCCCCAGUUUGGGGAGAUUAAGGUCAUCUAAGGUCCCCAGUUAUUUCCAGUGGUCUGUAGCUAAGGAAACUGUCAAAGGUGAGUGAGCCAUUCCUGAUGCCACCUUUGCUGCUGUCAGCUAAAAUAUCAGUACUUUUGCACUGACUGAGUUCCUGGAAUCCAAAGGACUCCCUGUGCUUUUGCAGUCUUGCAGCCAGAGAGUGGAAAACCUGAUCUGUGUAGGCUCCAAGGGGGUCUGAACUUGAUGGAACAAACUUUCCAGACAACAAGUCUCUCUCUCUCUCUCUCUCUCAAAGGUGUCACAUUAGCACUGGAGACCUCAUGGUACUGCAAAGAGAGUAGAGUGAAUCAUGGAUUUUCUGGCUUGGGGGCUGAACCAAAAAAUCCAAACAAAAAAAUCUGUUCGAUUUGAACAGAAAACGGUUUCUUUCCUUUUGUUGUUGAAUCGAAAAUAAUUCUUUUAGAA